UGCUGUCCUACUUCGUCAAGCACGAACACAGAUUUGGGCAUCGGAGGUUGAAGGUGUCCUAUUGUUAGUUCGUCGAUAGUUCCGUGCUGGAAAGCUGAAAAUCUAUUGAUCCGAUCGAUUCCCUUGGAUAUAUCUCUCUGGGGUUGUUUGACGACGGAGACGAUGAGGAUGGGAAUUUGUGCGGCGACGUUGCUCGCAGCUCUGGUCGUAGUCUCUUACGUAGAUUUGGGGUUGGCUUCUCCUUCUACCGUUCCUGCUUUCCUCUGGUCUCCGCAUCUCCAGCCUGAUGGUGAAUUGGGUGAGGCUGUAAAUUAUCAGGUCAUGUCUGCGAAAGAUCUUGUAAAUUCUGUUCUCACUCAAGGAGGAUGGUCAAACCUCUUGUGCUCGGAGAGGAAAUCUCAGGGUCCUGUUGAUAUUGCGCUCGUGUUCAUUGGCAGACAGCUACUCUCUUCCGACAUUACUCUGAAGCGGAACUCUGACCCAGCCCUCGUUGGCACAUUGAAGAACCUGUUUACAGCUUCCAACUACUCGUUGGCAUUCCCAUAUAUUGCUGCACCCGAGGAGGAAAGGAUGGAAAAUUUGUUGUUUUCAGGACUCAAAGAAUCGUGUGCUAACAGUUUAGGAGUCAGCAAUGUUGUUUUCUCAGAGUCGUGCUUUGUAGAGGAUGGAAGGAUUCAGAAACUGGCAGACUUGCAGUCUUUCAAAGACCAUUUGCUUGCUAGAAGAGAAAAGAGAAGAGAAGGGGAAACAGACUUGGUUGUGAUCUGCUCUGACCAGUCUCAUUCAGAGGGUGAAAUAAUCUCUGAACUCGUCAGUUCAGUGGAGCAAUCUGGAGAUAAAUAUGCAGCUCUUUAUGUUUCUGAUCCCUAUGGAUAUACCUCUUACCAGACUCUCCAGAGGUUUCUGGCAGAAAGUGCUGCAGGAAACAGCUCAGUUAAUGCCAUUACAACUUGCGAUGAAGUCUGCAGAUUCAAGGCGUCGCUUCUGGAGGGUGUCCUAGUGGGAAUUGUAUUGCUUCUGAUAUUGAUAUCAGGGCUCUGUUGUAUGGCGGGCAUCGACACACCAGCCAGGUUCGAGACUCCUCAAGAAUCUUGAGUUUGUUUCGCCAUCCGACCUUUUUGCUCUCUGCUCUGCUGCCUUUGUGCUCGGUGGAAGGAGGUACUUUGUAUCCGUUCUUACAUUCACUUAAACUGCAUGUCUUAAAUCCCAUGUAAGAAGAUCUAUUUGUCUGUUGCUGAGUCUUUGUGAAAUAAUGGAGAAGAAUGAACAAAAAACAACACCCAUAAAACAGUUCGUGUAACAGUAUCAUCUUGAUUCUUGUGUCUGUCACUUGUAUCAUUUGUUGGGGGCGAAUGAAGGGCCAAAGGGCCAAGAGAUAUAAGGGGAGCAUAGUAUUUAAGUAUAUUAUUUGAUAA